AAAAUGAAAAUAAAAGUUAAAACAAUCGCUCUUCAAUCAGUCAUCAGUCUUCUGUCGUAUUUUUUUUUUUUGUGGUUCUUGUAAUAGAUUAUUAGACUAUUAAUUUAAUUUGCCAUGCACUUUUUAUAAUGCUCCGCCAUACGUGAUGUACUCUAAACUUUAUUUAUUAUCUACUGCUUAUCAUCAGUGAAUAUCGGGGCGUACUUUCCUAACGCCGAUUAAUUUUGUACGGACAGCAUAAUCUACGACGAACGAAUCAAAUGGACAUCGCACUGACCGAAGCGAUGAAAAAUAUAGUUCCUAAAGGACUUCCGGCCGACAUUAAUUCGGCGUUUAGCGGUUAUGUGACGGAGAAACUGUACAUGUUGCUACAACUGUACCUGCAAAAUAAAGGAUGGAACAGCAUAGAAUUGUUGAAAAUAUUCUCUGAAAUGAAAGAUUCAUCUGUAUUACCUAGUGCUUCCUACUUGCAAAUGAUGGCUUCGAGAGUGUCAUUAGAUAGUCAAGCAAGAUUAAUCCUUCGAGAGAAUGGUAAAAUUAUUUUACCUUAUGAACAUUUUGCAAAUGCGGUAAUGUUAAAGCAUAUGAAUGGCCCACAUGGACUACAUUUGGGUGUUGAAGGAACUGUUCGAGCGGUUAUGGAUUCAUAUACAAUUGGCCGUGAAAACUUUGGUAUGGAAAAAGAGUUUAUUAUUGAAGUUGUACAAAACUGUCCAAACCCAGCAUGUCGCUAUUACAAGACUCAAUUAGAUUUAUCUCAACAUACUAAACAGUCAAAUUACAUGAAUUCUUCAAAUUCUGGUGUAAAUAUUCCAGUUGGUCGUGAAAGUCCAAGUAUAUCAAUGAGUCAAAUGAUUAGUCAGCAAUUAAGUGCUCAUGGUUUGGCACCUUCUAGUACUCAAUCCCAACAACCACAUUCAGCACCUGUCGAUCUAACUGGUCCAUCCCCACAUCCAGCCCCUGAAAUACCGAAUCCAAUGCCUAUACACGUACCGCAAGUUCCAAAAACUGUUAGUGCACGACAAGCACAGCACAAUAAGUUGGCAGAUUUUUUAAAGGCCAAUCUUGAAAAUCUAGACAAUAAAGAUCUAAUGGCUGCUCAUGACACAACUUGGCCUGAAGUUUCAGACAACCGUAAAGGUCAUUUAGAUGCUGGCCAAGAAAAAAUUAUCAGAGCAUUUUCAGAAAUAAUGAAGAAUAUGAAUAGAAUGAAAGCAUGUGUGAGACCAGCUAUGUGUAAGCCUUAUGGAAAACAAUCAGAAUCAUUACAAAAAACUUUGAUUGAUACAAUUCAGCUUGUUCAGUCAUUAAGAUCGUUUCUUCCGCCACCACAUAUUGCAGUCAGUAGCUGGAAAAAUGAAGAUAAACAUGGAUUGAGAAAAACUGUUUUAGACAAUUCUAAUCAAACAGUUUCAGCUGCCAAUUUUAAAGAUCUCUGUGAUGCAAUGUCUCGUAACAAGCAAAAUUGAGAGUUUGUACGAAACUCGCUAAAAGUAAAAUUUUUUUCAACUAUUUUAUCAACUUUCAAAAAUCAUGUUACUUUUAUUUUAUUUUUACAUCUAGUCAAAAUUCCCUUUUUUCCCGAAAUGAAUGGGAAAAUCUGUUUGUUUACUUGGAGGGAUCUUACCAUUUUAUUUAAAUUAAAUCUUAUUAAUGUCUCCAUAUGAGUGUCUUCUAGUUUGAGGUUUUUACCUAUAUUUAUUUAUUUUAAAUUUAACUUCUUGUUCAAUAAUUAUAAUUCAACAACUAUUACAAUUUUUUUUUUGUAUACAUGUCAACAUGAUAUCAAAAUGUAUGUUGCCAAAUGUCUAUGUUUUGUUUAGUUUCAACUUUCAAAACAUUUCAUGCCAUAAUAGUAACCUAAGUAUGCAUUAAAUAACUAAUUCAUUUUUUUGAAUACUAUUACAUAAUUUACUAAUUAUAAAAUUAUUAUAAGUGAACGCUUAUUUUAAGAAUAAUACAUUGACUGUUUAAUGUUUA